UCUAAGGUUCUGAAAGUGCGAAGAAAAUUACUUACACAUUAUCCAUAAACAAAAUUCAAACGACGACAACGGAAGAUAAAAAUAUAACCAAACUCCUUUGACCUUUGUAAGGUAUGAGCCAAAUCCUUACGAUAAGACCAAUUUUAUUUGUCACAUUCAUAAUAAUUAUCAAUCUUGACACACUACACUUUAUAUAAAUACCUCCAAAACUUUGGAUGCAUUCAUCAAAUAUUUCACUUGGCAUGUGUCCUCUAAAUUUCUCUCUCUAUAUAUAUAACAUUGGUUGCAAUAGUAUUCCAAUCAACCAACCCUAACUCAUUGCUUGGAAAAUUUGUUAUGAAAUGAAAUUUAAGGGUGAUAUUGGUUUAUUCCUCCUUCUUGUUGCCACUUUUUUGGUGUAUGCAUCGGCUGGUAAUUUUAUGAAAGAUUUUGAAAUAACAUGGGGUGAGAGUCGUGCCAAAGUCCUUGAAAAUGGGCAGAGUCUCAGCCUGACCUUAGAUAAAUCUUCUGGCUCUGGCUUUCGUUCCAAAUAUGAGUACUUGUUUGGGAAAAUUGACAUGCAACUCAAACUUGUAGCUGGUAACUCUGCUGGCAUUGUCACAGCCUAUUAUCUAUCUUCUCUAGGGUCUACUCAUGAUGAAAUAGACUUUGAAUUUCUUGGUAACUUGAGUGGUGAUCCUUAUAUUCUUCAUACAAACGUAUUCACACAAGGGAAAGGGAAUAGAGAGCAACAAUUCUAUUUGUGGUUUGACCCUACCAAGGACUUCCACACAUAUUCCCUUCGUUGGAAUCCUAAAAGCAUCAUAUUCUCUGUGGAUGGAAGACCAAUAAGGGAGUUCAAGAAUUUAGAAUCAAAAGGGGUUCCUUUUCCAAAGAACCAAGCCAUGAGGAUAUAUUCAAGUCUUUGGAAUGCAGAUAAUUGGGCCACUAGAGGUGGGAUUGUGAAAACAGAUUGGACCAAUGCUCCAUUCAUUGCCUCAUAUAGAAACUUCAAUGCAAAAGCUUGUAUUUGGACUUCUUCAGGUUCUUCUUGUUCUUCCAACAAAUCUCCAUUAUCAUCAUCCACAUCCCAAUCAUGGUUAAGAGAAUCACUUGACUCAAAAGGGAUACGUAAAAUUCGUUGGGUGCAAAAGAAUUACAUGAUAUAUAAUUACUGCACUGAUUAUAAACGGUUCCCACAAGGCUUCCCAGCUGAAUGUAUUACCAGUAAACCACACAAAUUGUAAUAUAAAAGUGUAAAAGCUCGGAUUUAUAUCCUCUAUGGCGGUUGCACAAUGCAAUGGCCUUUAGAAUCGUUAGAUCUCGAGAGUGAAACUUUUUCUCAUUAGAUUUAAUGGUUUUAGAGGCCGCAUCAUGCAGUGGCCAUAGAGGACUCCUACACAAAAAAGCCCUAUAUUGGACGCGUGAAAUAUAAGUGAUUUUUUUCUUUAGUAAAUUUAUAUUGAAACUAUAGGAUUGAUCGUUUAUGUCUUGUGCAUUAUUACAUUGUAGGUGUAUAAGAAGGAAAAAAACAAGGCAUGUAUGAUAAUGAUAGCAAUAAGUGGUGAAAUUGUAUAUU